UUUACUUCUGUAAAAAUAAUGUUGCACGAUGAAUGAUCUCAGUAGGACGAAAACAGCACUGAGGGAUGUCUCUGUAGGCCUGUUAUUUAUUUUAAAGAAUCAGAUCAUAUAUCUGAGAACUUUGGACCAAGAACCCGCUGCCAUGGCACUAUCCAGAGGACUCCUGCAGUCCCUCGGAUUUCUUGGAUCGAUUUUUCUCAUCAUGUCCUUUUACAGAUGGAACAUGUUCGAGCGAAAAAGAGCAGAGAGGAUGCAUAACUUACAGGAAGUGAGAAAACAGCUGCUAAAAGAAAACUGUAAAUAUGACAAAGAGGCCACUUCUGAGGGGAAACAAAGUUUCGAAGACAUAAGUGACAGCGAGAUGAAGCACCUCAUUGUGGAUGACAAGCACGGCAUCAUCUACUGUUACAUUCCCAAGGUUGCAUGUACCAACUGGAAGAGGGUGAUGUUUGUACUGAAACAGGGGGAGCCAUAUCAGGACCCUAGUCCCAUAUCUAGAGACCUGGCUCAUGUCCCUGGCGGGUUCACUCUUUUAAACAGCUUCCCAAGAAUAGAGAUAAAGGCAAGGCUGAAGCACUACACCAAGUUCCUGUUUGUACGGCACCCGUUCGUCCGUCUCACCUCCGCCUACCGAGACAAAUUCGAGAAAGGCAGCAACAUCUACUUUGACAACUUCACCCGAGAGAUCCUGCGUCUCUACGGCAACCAGCCUAAUCCACCACAGACGAUGGCCGAGGCGUCAGCAUCAGGCGUGCACAUUUCAUUUUACAACUUCAUUCAAUACCUGCUGGACCCACAGACAGAGAGGGAACUGCCCUUUGAACCUCACUGGAGGCAGAUGCACCGUCUUUGCCACCCCUGCCUCAUACAGUAUGAUUUCAUUGGCCAUCAGGAGACUCUACAGGAGGAUGCUGAACAGCUACUGAACACCUUAAAGCUGCAGAACGACAUUAAGUUCCCUCCUUCCUAUGACAACAUUACAGCUCCUGAGUCUUUGUCAGGCUGGUUCAGAACAGUGCCUCUAGUGGAAAGGAGGAAGCUGUACAAGCUCUAUGAGACUGACUUUAGGCUUUUUGGCUACAGAAAGCCAGAUGAAUUGCUUGAUGGUUGAGAGGAAGUCAUGAGAACUUCACUCCUCUCUAAGAAACCAAUAAGCACAGAAACCACAGCAUUCACUGCUCAGCCAAGAGCAAACAAUGUUUUUUUGCAUGAAGCGACAACCAUUCAAUAAAAGUAACUUAAUAAAAGAAGCAAAACAAAAGAGUAUUUAAUUAAAGAAAAAUAGAGAGUUGCAGAGAAAAUCUUUCCCAGCUAGAGAAGAACAGAGCUGUCAAACCUGGAGUGUAUCAGGAGGUCUGACCGCAAACAUACAAAGAGAAUACAUCAUAACAUACAGUCAUCUGUAUAAUAGUUCUGUGAGUAACUGAUGGUGAAAUGUUCGCUCUGCAUGAAGUGAAAACCUCUUUUCUCAGGACAUGUAAUUCUGUUUUAGACAGGAAUCUUAACUAGGCGCACAGAGUAUAGUACAGUCUGUGUAUCUUCUACUAUAAAUAAAGUUGGUUGAAAGAAAA